UUCUUUCUUGUGUUGUUCAGUUUCUCCCUGAAAUCGAACACCCGCCGGAGACGAAACCAUGGACCGAGAAUGGGGCUCCAAGCCCGGAAGCGGCGGCGCCGCCUCCUCCCAGAACGAAGCCAUCGACCGCCGCGAGCGUCUCCGUCGUCUCGCCCUGGAGACCAUCGAUCUCGCCAAAGAUCCCUACUUCAUGCGCAACCAUCUCGGAAGCUAUGAGUGUAAACUCUGCUUGACCUUGCACAACAAUGAGGGCAACUACUUGGCCCAUACACAGGGUAAGCGCCACCAGACCAAUCUCGCCAAACGCGCCGCGCGUGAGGCCAAGGACGCUCCCGCUCAGCCCCAGCCCCACAAGCGCAAAGUCUCCCUCCGCAAAACAGUGAAAAUCGGUAGGCCGGGGUAUCGAGUAACGAAGCAGUAUGAUGCAGAGACAAAGCAGAGGUCUCUUCUUUUCCAGAUUGAGUAUCCUGAAAUAGAAGAUAAUGCAAAGCCGAGGCAUCGUUUUAUGUCGUCUUAUGAGCAGAGGGUACAAUCUUUCGAGAAAAGGUACCAGUAUCUUCUGUUUGCAGCUGAACCAUACGAAAUCAUUGCUUUUAAGGUUCCUAGUACAGAGAUUGACAAAUCGACUCCAAAGUUCUUCUCACAUUGGGAUCCAGACUCCAAAAUGUUCACGUUGCAACUAUAUUUCAAAGUUAAGCCACCAGAGACGAACAAACCUCAGCCUCCCCCAACAGCUAAUGGCACAGGUGCUCCUGGAGUUUCUUCAAGGCCUCUACCCCCACCACCUCAAGGUCCGCCUCCUCCUCCUCCACAAGGAAUGGCACCUGGUGCACCUCCCAGAGCUCCACCGCCUAUUCCUGGAUCUGUACUGCCACCUCAUAUGGUAAAUGGCCCUCGGCCUAUGCCUCCUGGUGGGGCUCCCCCGGCUCCACCUCCACCUCCUGUUGGUAACAACACAAUGGUGAAUUUCACUCCCGGUAGUCAGAUGGGUAGACCACCGACUAUGCCACCUCCACCACAAGGUUUCCAAGGACAACAGAUGCAGGGACAGGUUCAUCGUCCUCCCCCUCCACCUCCAAGCAUGGGAUAAAGGGAGCACAGUGCCUCCAGGAUUUCAGAGAGGUCUGCCACAAAAGACUUUGAGAUGAUAUGAACCGUGCUAGAAACCUCGAUUAAUGAACUUCUAUUAUUGCCUUCGCUGUUAGAAGUUCAGUAUCCCGGUUUUCAUUUGUAAACGCCUGAUAAAUUGGUAUCGCUUAGAAACUGAACUUUCAUUUUAAGUGAAAAGAUAUUGAGAAGUUGUAACAUGUAACAUUUUGAUUUUUGUA